UUGCUUCAGCGAUUUCUCAUUCUUCUCAGCCUCUAUUCUUUCCCGAAUCUCUCUCUCUCUCUCUCUCUCUCUGCAUGCUACCGUUGAUUUACUACUCAGAAGCUUAUAUACCUAUUCAUCUCCUAUGAAGUUUUGUGUUGUUGUUGACUGCAACUUUCUAUAUACAUGUUUUAGAAUUUGCUUAUUCGAGAAUGGGCAGGAGAUUAGUCUACCUUUCUGUUUUUUUUUUAUAUUUUUAAGCAGGGAAAUCUCUCUCUCUCUCUCUCUCUCUCUCUCUCUCUGAGAGUGUGUGUAUGUCAAAUUCUGGAUGUGUUUAUAUGAAUGGUGAACUGAAGAUGAAAGAAGAUAUAAGAAAGGAAGGUUUUUCAUUCUCCCCUGUUCUAAGUUUCUUUUAGUCUUUGGUUUAAGACUUUAAGUGUCCUUUUAAGAGUGGAUAUUGGUGAGUGGAAUCAAAGAGGUACCCCAAUUUUCUAUAGUUUCAGCAAUAACAGAUCAAGCCUUAGUUAGCUGGUCCAACAAUUUGAUGGGAAUAAAUGUGUCUUGAAGUUUUGACAAGCGGAGGAUGAUCCAGAAUUCUGUGAUCAACGAUAUAAGCGUACUACUUAGGAAUAAGGACUAGCUUAAUAGAUUCAAUGGCAUGUAAAUUAAUAGCCUUUUCUUUAUUUGACUGGGAGUUCCACCAUCAAAUUCCGUCAAGAGCAAGAAAUCUGUUGGGGCCUAGAAUUAAGUGUAACAAUGCAUUUUACAAAACGGUGGUAGAUUGAGAAUGCUUACGAACCAAAAACCAACAUCACGUUUAACUAAUGGCAUCUUUUUUAACUUCGAUAGACUUAAUGACUUUGUAGUAACGCAUAUGAUCCUACACUUAGUAGUAGUAUGAUAAAUCCUCAUCAACGAGCAGAAAAAAUGUCGGACAGACAAUGCAUUCAAAACUUCUAAAAUGAAGACAGCAUGAAAGACGCAAGUAAAUAGGAUUAUACACAUAAUUCUCUUUUCAUUCUAAUUUAAACUUGGAGAUGAACAUGUGCAAACAACAUUUUAGAUGAAUAGGACAUAAGAAAUACAUUUUUGUGCUGGGUGUCACCAUAUGAGAGAUGAGGGCAGUCAGUUUGACAACAGGAGGUGUAUGAAUAAAUUAAUUGCAUGGACGUGUGAGAUGCUAUUUAUUUUGUUGCGGGACUUUACACUUUAAUGCACCUUCUAAACAUAUGGAUACUUGAAAUUGUUAUAUUUUCAUCAUCUUAGUUUCAGUUAUUUGAACCUUAUGGGCUCAUAAAUCUUUUAGGCCCUUUACUUCUCUAGAUUAUAAUCUGCAGACAAUUCCACCAUUUAGCACCUAGACAUUUCUAGAUUCUUCCCAUGUAGGGAUUCUUCCUUUCGUGAUCUUCUUGUUAUCUAUAUACUUAUCUAUGUAUUUCAUACGAGGGUGAUUAGAUGAUGUCUUACAUUAGCAGGAAAAACUAAAUAACACAAUGUGGGAAUGAAACCGAAGGGCAUUCCCUCUCAUUGGCAAAUGCAAAGGCAAGGUCUGGUUUAUUCUCAAGAGCCAUUUGCCUUUGCAAAGGCUUCUGUUCAAUUGCACUAUUCAAGGUUCAGUCAUGCAAGAACUUGUUGGCUUGAUGAAGGAAGCAGGAGACGAACUAAAAUUUUAUUGUUAAGCACAUCCACUGUUUUCCCUCUCAGAGAUAGCAAGAAACUGAAAAUGCUAAGCAAUUGUUCAUUCCAUGGUGGAGGUUAUGAAGGACUGAAAGAUUUAAAUAAAAUGGAACCAUGUGAAGUAGAUGAAGAUGAUAGUAUUUGCCCUGUUGAAUGUGUGAGAGAAUUCAAGACAGAUGCAGAGUUUUCUAGAAUAUUAGAGAAGGCAAAAGCUACUGAUUCUCUUGUUGUUGUUGAUUUCUACCGAACAUCAUGCGGAAGCUGCAAGUACAUAGAACAGGGGUUCUCAAAACUAUGUAAAGGGUCUGGAGGCAGAGAUGAUUCAGUUAUCUUUUUGAAGCAUAAUGUUAUUGAUGAGUAUGAUGAGGAAUCAGAGGUUGCUGAACGACUUAAGAUCAGGGAAUCACCCUGCUGCUGCUAUGCAUGUGACUUCAGGGACGUUCAUAAUUACACAAGAACAUGGAACUUCUGAAGAAGGAAAAGAAUAUUAAGUCUGCCUACUUAUAACGCCAAUAGAAAAUUGUAUUACCUUCUUUCUUUUCUUUCUUUUUCCCAUCCUUUUUCAUGAUCCCACAUUUCAUUUUAUUUCCUCCUAGCUAAGAAACUUGUUCUCAGUCCCUCUUUUCUUAAAUACAAUUUUCCUUUUUUCCAAGCUAGCGAAGGAUGUCAUUCACCAAGUUGCAGUUUUUGUGACGAUGUGGAUGAAAUGGAAGAAAUACGUUGUGCUGAUAGCUUUUUAUUUCAUGUUGGAUUGUCUGACUGAAACAAUUAAACCUUAAAGUAGGUUUUUCAGUUCUUUGAAGGAUGUUUCACACUUCAAAUAUAUGAUCCAAUAUUGUUUCUGACCUUGAAAUGCUUUCAAUAUUAUGUAAUGAGGAUGUACCUUUCAUGGAUCAAUUAAGUUUGGUCGAAGUAUUUUCCUUUGCUCCUAACUGAUUAACCAUCCUUUCCUGUUCCUUCUUCAUGUUAUUUGUCUUUGUCA